ACGGUGAUUCAUGAAGAAGAGGAAGAAGAAGAAGAGACCAGGAAGUGUCCGCACAAACACGGGUUAGCCACGGGGUUAGCAAACAAACGUUAGCUUAGCAUCUGCGCUCAAAGUUCUGUGUUUCUGCCGCUUUUGUUUUUAGAUCGAGCUGAUUCUAAAGCUGCUUUAAAGAGAAAGAAAGACAUGAAGAAAUAAAGAACAUAAAGAAAUGAAGAACAUGAAGAACAUUAAAGACAUAAAAGAAGCAGCGGUGAACGAUCCGAUCCCUCAGGAGCUGGCCCGAGCGCUGGACGUGCAGCCCCAGGGGAAGUCCAAAGCCGAUGCGUUCACUCGCUCUUUCCUGAGGAGGAGUCUGCAGAGCGGCUCCAAGUCAGACGUCGGAGACAUCCUCACUCACAAAGCUCUGGUCCUGGAGCACAACAAGUCCAAAAACAAGAAGCCCAAAAACAAGAAGUCCAAAAACAAGAAGGCCAAAGGACUGAGCUCCAAACAGAAGAGGGACCUGAAGAUGUUCCAGAUAAAACCAGAGGCCCAGAGAUACGAGCUGUUCCUUCCUCUUCAUGACCUGUGGAGACAGUACAUCCUGGACCUGUGCGGGGGUCUGCAGCCCACCACGAACCCACAGCUGGUUCAGAUGAAGCUUCUGAAGGCAGACUUCCACGGAGCUCUCAUUAAAGUGGUUCGGUCCAGAUGUGCCUCGUACGUCGGCCUCACCGGGAUUUUGAUUCAAGAAUUUAAACACGUUUUCAAAAUUAUCACCAACAAAGACGAAAUAAAAGUGAUCCCGAAGAGGCACAGUGUUUUUGAGAUGGAGGUGAACGGCUUUGUGUCUCACAUUUACGGGAGCAGGAUCGAGCAGAGAGCGAGCGAGCGCUCUGCCAAGAAGUUCAAAUCCAAAGGAGCCAUCGACCUCUGACCUGCGACUUCUUGUAUGUCGAGACAAGGAGCUGCUGACCUUUGACCUAUGACCUCCUGUAUGUCGACACAAGGACUUUUCUGGACAUUUCAUUUGAGUUUUUAUUUAUUUGCACGCCGGGCCCGCACACCGGGCCUGUGUGUCCCAGUCUGGGGCCUGCGGUCCUUGGGGGCCCCAUCGUCCCUUUAACUCUCAGCUCAACAACAUCACGUCGUGUUUCAGGUUUGUGAAUUUUGAGGACUUUUCUAUUCAAAAAGGACGUUUUGUUUUACAUUUUUGGCAGUGGUCUUAAUAAUCCAUAAUUCUGAAACUUGCGGGAUACACAGGACUUUUUUCAAACUAUCGAUAAACUGUUUCAUCCAUCUCAUCCGGGUCGGGUCGCAGGAACAGCAGUCUGAGCCGAAACUCCCAAAUACUUCCCUCACCCCAGACACUUCCCUCACCCCAGACAGUCCCCAGUCUUCCCCGGGGACAUGAACUCGUCUCCAGGGAGGCUUUCAGGAGCCCCAGCUGCUCCUCCCCACAAGGAGGAGAACGGUUCAUACCUGAUUUAAAAUAUGGAUUUCCAAAUUGAGAAAUGGUUAAUGCGUCAUUGGCUUAUUCUUAUUUAUUUUUUGUUUAUCUUUUUAUUUUUAAGUAGAAACAUGAGCAUUUUCUGCAUUCAAAUCUGUUUAAUCUCAUCAGCUUUUUUGGUUAAGGAUCUGCUUGAAAAAUAACAGCUUCGCCUUGAAAUGUUCCACAGUGCAGCGUUUAGAAAGGCAGAUGACCCAUUAGAGAUGGACCGAUCUGCCUUAAAUCUCCAGCAGGGGGCGAUCUUUAGUUCUGGAACAAAGCUUUAUAUAAACACUUGAAUACAAAGACAUAAGUGCUUAAACGCUCUUAAAGGUUUGAGGUCAGAAGGCCUGGGGCCACUGUGUAGUAAAUUUAAUUUACAUCAUUUGGGGAAAAUAAUCAGAAUCGGCCCCACAUAUUGAUAAUAUCAGUUCGAUAAUAUCGGCUGCUCUGGAUUCUGAAUAAUCGGUAUCAUCCGUGGAAAACACAAAUCGGCUGAUUUCUAUGACCGAGGUUCAGGUCAGAUCUCGGCAAGUUUUUGAAGUUAUUUUGACCAUAAAAACAAUGGUAACUGAAUAAAUGCAAGAUAAAUACAUUUAAUGCCUUACUCUGGAACAUUUCAGGCAAAGUGAUGACAUCACACUUACACCACAAAUGAAAUGAAUGAAAAGUGAUGUCCUAUGUUCAAAAGGAGCCGUGUGGAACCUGUUCCUCUGAAUACACUUUACGUGGUGUUUUUCCCUCUUUUGCUGCAGACGUUUAAUCCUAUUUACGAGAACUGGGCUUAUUUUUAUUUUUCCUCACAUUUGGUUUAAAUUCUUUAAUGAUUUCCUUAUCAGAAUUCAAACUUAAAGUCCCUUUGCAGAGCAGUGAGUUUCACUUCCUCCUUUUGUCUUUCAUAAAACUGGAUUCCUGUCAGCGUCUUCAUUCUGUCCUAGAGCCAAUGUUGUUUUGAUUAAAUACUUAAAUCUGCAACUUUUUGUGAUGAUUCUUUGACCUGAGCAGGUUGUUUGUUUGUUUGUUUAACUUUCAAAGGUUUUAAGGGCACAAGGUAAAACCAUAGACUGUUUAUAUAAAUGCACAUAGCUAACCUGCUAGCCGCCGCAUUAUAAAACAAAGU